AUGUCUUCAUGGAUUGGAGGAAGACCUACUAGUGGUGAUGUGGUGUACAUGCGGAUAUUCAACAGGCCCACCAUCGUGCUCAACUCCGCAAAAGCUAUGGACGAGCUCCUCAACAAGCGUGGCUACAAGUACUCGGACCGACCGAGGACUCUUCUUUUGACUGAGCUGAUCGGCUUCACCAACAACGUUACCAUCAUGCCCUACGGAGAGCAGUGGCGCCGCCAGCGCCGCUGGUUCCAAGCUGCCUUUCAAUCGGCCUCUGCGCUCGAAUCGUACAUUCCCGUCCAGCGCCGCGAGUCGGUCAGGCUCCUCGCCGGACUUGUCAAUGCGAGCCAGUCCCUCGAAGAUAAGACCGGAGACCGGGCGUGCAAAGCACUGUUUGUGGGGCUUAAGUGCUACGUGGGUGCUGUGAUGGUCGACAUCGCCUACGGACACGGUGUGCUCUCCCAUGAUACUCAGUUCAUGGACCUCGCAGAGCGUGCCGUAGUCGGUAUAGUAGAGGCCGGUAGCGCCGGCGCGAGCCUAGUCGACUUCUUCCCGGUCUUGAGGCAUAUCCCUAUGUGGGUCCCCGGAAUGCACUUCAUGAGAAAGGUGGCGGAGGUCAGGGAACUGACCCGCCAGAUGAUCGAUGCGCCGUACGAGCGUGUUCAUGCUGCAAUGGCCCGAGGAACUGCGCGCAGCUGUUUCCUCACAACACUCCUUGACGAAUGCGCCGCAGACGGGACGAUCUCUGACUAUGAUAGGGAAGACAUCAAAGGUGCCGUCAGUGUUGUUUACUCGGGGGGAACUGACACGACGGCUACCGCCCUUACGUCCUUCAUGCUUGCGAUUGUACUGCAUCCCGAUGCGCGUGCGAAGUCUCAAAACGAGCUCGACGCUGUUGUCGGCAGCGAGCGGCUCCCCGAACUCGACGACAGGACGGCUCUGCCAUACCUCGAAGCUCUACUCAAGGAGGUCUACCGAUGGAACCCACCUGUUCCGCUUGUCUUACCCCAUCAAGUCACCGAGGAUGACACGUACGACUCAUAUACCAUACCUGCAGGGUCAAUGAUUAUUCCCAAUGUCUGGGCAAUCAGCCGUGAUCCCGAUUACUACGAAGACCCCGACGUGUUCAAACCCGAACGCUUCCUCACUGACAAUCCAGACCCUGACCCUCGUGAUUUUGUCUUUGGUUUCGGUCGGCGCCUAUGCCCUGGCCAGGAUCUCGGGGACUCCACCGUAUGGCUCGCCGCAUCCCGCAUCCUUGCGGCGUUCGAUGUGACGAAAGCACGCGACGCUGCAACGGGCGUGGACGUCGACUUCACGCCGGGGUUCAUUUCGGGGAUAAUCAGUCAUGUCAUUCCGUUCCCAUGCGAGCUGCGACCGAGGUCGGACAAGGUCGUAGCAUUGAUCAGGGAGUCUGAGGCUGUGUACUCGAUAUAAAGGUCGGUUCCAGGAUCAUCGUGAUGCAUGGUCGUGUUAUGCAGUGGUUUGGUUCGUCAAGUGCUUAGAUUUAAUGUAUCCUGCCAUACUUCGGCUGCAGGGUGAUCAACGGGACGACGAUCGCUCAUACAUACUUAGCCCAAUCCGCUUCUGGGUCUGUGAAUGCCAGUGCGUAAGUUAGCGCGAACCUCAGCAUGGCAGAUACGCUUGACGUGUACUUGAGUCUCGGUAACGGAAAC